AUGGCUUCAUCCGAUCUCGAGGCUGCUACUGCACUGAAAGUGCAGGGGAACAAGGCAUUUGCCGAGCAUGAAUGGCCUACCGCAGUCGAUUUCUACACGCAGGCGAUAGAGAAGUACGAUCGGGAACCGUCGUUCUUCAGCAACCGAGCGCAGGCAUAUAUCAAACUUGAGGCGUAUGGGUUCGCGAUCGCGGAUGCCACCAAGGCUCUGGAGCUCGACCCCUCGUAUGUCAAAGCUUUCUGGAGACGAGCCCUUGCCAAUACUGCCAUUCUGAACUACCGCGAAGCCCUCAAAGACUUUAAAGCUGUCGUAAAGAAGGAGCCCAACAACCGCGAUGCGAAACUGAAGCUGGCAGAGUGUGAGAAGCUCGUGCGGCGGUUAGAGUUUGAGAAGGCAAUUGAGGUUGGGGAGCCGCCGUCUGCGUUCGAGGACUUGGACAUCGAUGCGAUUGCCGUCGAUUCCUCCUAUGAUGGCGUUCGCUUGGAGAAUGAGAUGACUCAAGAGUUCAUCGACGAUAUGAUUGAGCGGUUCAAGAAUGGCAAGAAGAUCCAUCGCAAGUAUGCGUUCCAGAUCAUCAAGGCUGUCAAGGAUACCGUCUAUGCGGAACCGACGAUGGUCGAGGUCGGCGUGGAUGAGGGUACUAAGUUGACGGUUUGUGGUGACACACACGGCCAAUUCUUCGACCUUCUAAACAUCUUCAACCUAAACGGCUACCCCUCCGAGACGCACGCAUACCUCUUCAACGGUGACUUUGUCGACCGUGGCUCGUGGUCCACCGAGAUUGCCCUGCUCCUCUACGCAUACAAGUGGCUGCGCCCUAACCGCAUCUUCUUGAACCGCGGCAACCACGAGACAGACGACAUGAACAAGGUCUAUGGUUUCGAAGGCGAGUGCAAAGCCAAGUACAACGAACGCCUGUUCAAGGUCUUUUCCGAGUCCUUUUCCGCGUUGCCCCUGGCCACGUUGGUUGGCAGCAAGUAUCUUGUGCUGCACGGUGGCCUCUUCUCCGACGACCAGGUCACCUUGGACGAUAUCCGGAAACUGAACCGGCACAACCAGCGACAGCCCGGACAGCAGGGGCUGAUGAUGGAGAUGCUCUGGACGGACCCUCAAACCGAGCCGGGCCGUGGGCCCAGCAAGAGAGGCGUUGGCCUGCAGUUCGGACCCGAUGUAACGAAGCGCUUCUGCGAGAAAAACGGUCUGGAAGCUAUCAUUCGGUCGCACGAGGUCCGCAUGGGAGGUUACGAGGUCGAGCACGACGGACGCUGCAUCACCGUCUUCUCCGCGCCCAAGUACUGCGACACCACCGAGAACAAGGGUGCAUUCAUCAACAUUGGGCCCGAACUCAAGCUUGACUUCAAGGUCUUUGAAGCAGUGCCUCACCCUGACAUCAAGCCAAUGGCUUACGCGCAGAACUCCAUCUUGUCGAUGAUGUGA